AUUAUUCAUGUCCAAAUCAAUUCAAUUUCAUAUACCUAACUAAUGAAAAAUAUAUAAAUGUUUAAUACAUAAAUUAAAUUAUAAUUGCUGAAUAUUAAAACUUUGUCAACAAACAAAUUAAUAAAAACAGUCAAAAUGAAAAGGGCAUCUAAGUAAAAUAAGGGGAAAAGAGGUUCUUCCAAGAAUGAUAGAUGCAAUUAUAGGAUGAUAGAUGAUGCUGAUAAACAUGAAAUAAGAUAGAUAUAGUAGUAUAAUAAUUAUAUGUCUCUAUUCAGAUUUAACUCUAAGGUCAAAAUUGAAGAAAUUUAUGAUAAAUGCGAUGAGAUAAGCAUAGAGCCAGAGUCUGAAAAUAUAUCAUAGGUCAAUAAAAACGAAAUUAAUGAUGGCGUUAGUGAAGAAUAAAAUGAGUUAUUGUAGGUUGAUAUUAAACUCUUUUUAGAGAAAUCCAAGUAAAAUAUUUAUAAAAACAUCAUAAAUGCUUUCUACAGGCAUAUACAUACACUCAAAGAUACUAUGCUAUAAAAAAUAUAUGAAGCCCUAACUAAAGACAAAUGGUAGUUUUCUUAUAUAGCCUUGAGAGUGUAUUAGAAUUUAAAAGGGUGUGGUAGAUUCAGUCUAAAGAUAAAGAACUUAUUAACCAGUCCCAACUUGAAGAAUAUUUUCUUGUUUUUUUUGCAAAAUGCAGAUGAUUUUUGGAUUAAAGAUUCUAAAAUAAAAAACAAAGAACAGCUCUUAAAAUCUAUAUCUCUAAUUAUUACUGCUUAUGAAAAUGAUUGUGACUUCUUACUGAGCCAUAUUUGUUAUUACAAAAAAUAAAAAAAGCUUACAUGCGACUGAUUUUUACUUUCAAUAAUGAUAAACCAAUGAAAAAUUAAUAAAUAUGUAUAAAAAAUAUUGCUAUUUAUAAAUUUAAAAUACUAAUAAUAUUAUCCUCUUCUGCAAAUAAAAAUAAGUAUGUUAAAAAUAAUAAAUAAAUAUAAUAGUUAUUUUGCUUUUUAAUAAUUAGAUUUGUUAAAAACGCAACCAAAAUAAUAGUUCAAUUAAAGUAAUAUAAAAAAAUUCCUUGUUAAUAUAUAUGUUUAUCAUAUCAACGAAGUAUAUGAUAAGUUAAUCAGCUAUUACUUAACUCAUACAUAAUAUUAGAAGGUCAGCCAAUCAAAUUUAAAAACAAAAC